UAACUCCAAAACCUUAUGAAAAAGUCUUCAUUAUUUUCUAUUUAAUAACUAGCAUAUUCAUGAACCUUUUUUAAGAAACUAGAGACACAAAAAACAUAUUAGAGACUAUGAAGAAAAAUGAGAAACAAAGUGUAGAAAUCAAUGAAGUUCCAAAUAUUAACUAUAGAGGAUGGAAGGUCAUGCCCUUCAUAGUUGGAAAUGAAACAUUUGAGAAGCUAGGAACCACUGGUACCUUAUCAAACCUCUUGGUCUAUCUUACAACAGUCUUCAACCUUAGCAGCAUUGAAGCCACAAAUAUUGUCAACAUCUUCAAUGGUAGUGCUAGUUUAGCUACUUUGCUUGGAGCUUUUCUUUCUGACACUUAUUUUGGCCGCUACAAAACACUUGGAUUCUCCACAUUUGCUUCCUUUCUGGGGUUACUUGUUAUACAAUUAACAGCAUGGAUAAAAAAAAUGCAUCCAGCAGAAUGUGGAAAUGAGAAAGCCACAUGCACACAACCAAGUACAGGACAAAUGGCGUUUCUGUUACUUGGAUUCGGGUUUCUGAUAAUAGGAGCUGCAGGGAUUAGGCCUUGUAACUUAGCAUUUGGAGCUGAUCAGUUCAAUCCAAACACUGAUUCAGGAAAGAAAGGGAUCAAUAGUUUCUUCAAUUGGUACUUUUUUACAUACACUUUUGCUCAGAUGGUUUCUCUGUCAUUGAUUGUGUAUGUACAAUCUGAUGUGAGUUGGGCACUUGGUCUUGGAAUUCCUGCUGCUUUGAUGCUGUUUUCAUGUAUUGUUUAUUUCUUAGGAAGUAAAUAUUAUGUGAAAGUUCAAGCAACUGGUAGUCCUGUAACAAGUAUUGUUCAAGUUAUUUCUGUGGCUAUAAAGAAAAGGAAACUCAAUCUUCAAGAGGAUGAGUUUUCAUUGGUUUCACUUUUUAGCUAUAUAUCUCCUCUCUCUAUCAAUUACAAACUUCCUCAUACACCCCAAUUCAGGUUCCUUGACAAAGCAGCUAUUAUAACUCCAGAAGACAGCAUAAACCCUGAUGGUUCUGCAUCUGAUCCAUGGAAUCUAUGCAGUAUACAACAAGUUGAAGAAGUGAAAUGCUUAGUAAGAGUUCUACCAGUUUGGGUUGCAGGCAUACUCUACUACGUUGCAAUUAUCCAACAAAGCACAAUGUUAGUCUUCCAAGCACUUCAAUCCGACCGAACCUUUUUCAACACAAAUUUCAAGAUCCCCGCGGCUUCUUUCACGAUCUUCACCAUGUUAAGCCUAACGAUAUGGCUACCAAUCUACGACAGAAUAAUCGUGCCAACAAUCAGAAGAGUCACCCGAAAAGAAGGCGGAAUCACACUUCUACAAAGAAUGGGAAUUGGAAUGUUUAUCUCUAUACUAUGCAUGCUAGUUUCUGGUGUUGUAGAAUGGAAAAGAAGAACUUUGGCUAUUACAAAUCCUAUAGGAUUUGAACCGAGAAAAGGCGCGAUUUCUUCCAUGUCUGCAAUGUGGUUGAUUCCUCAGUUAAUACUAGCUGGAUUCUCUGAUGCAUUUACUUUGGUAGGACAGGUUGAGUUUUACUACAAACAGUUUCCUGAGAACAUGAGGAGUCUUGCAGGAUCACUUUUUUUCUGUGGAUUGGCACUGUCAAGUUAUCUUAGUAGUUUUUUGAUCUCGAUUAUUCAUCGGUCGUCGGAUAAAUCUGCAAAUGGGAAUUGGUUGCCACAGGAUUUGAACAAAGGGAGAUUGGAUUACUUUUAUUAUAUGAUUAUGGUUUUGGAAGUUGUUAAUUUGGGUUACUUUGUUUUGUGUUCAAGGUGGUAUAGGUACAAAGGGGAUGAUGGUAAUGGAGGUAAUGGUGUUGAACUUGAUCAAGUGACUAAACAAUAUGAAACAAAGAUUAAUGGUGUUUAGUGAUUUGGUUCUAAGUUGAUGAUGUUUGAACUUUGAAAUGGAGGUUAUAGCUAGGUUAAGUACCAGUGUAUUUCUUAGAAAGAAAUAAGGUGGUUUUUCUUGGAAAAGUAGAAAAUUGAAUAUGAAUUUUGGCA